AUGUGGGUCCCGGUGAAGCACAAAUCCAGCGGAGGAAGAAGACCCAAGAGGAAAGUCUACCACAGAGUCCAUGAACUUGACAAAGUCAUGGACUUUCAGAAAAAGCCGGCCUUGAUUUUGCAGCUGAAAUCUAUUAUUCAGUCGCAAAAGCACCAAUCUCUCCUUCUCAGGGAUCUCGAGAAAGAAGUUGGGUUUGUUCAGAAAUGGAACUUCAUGGCUGCCAUAGAAAAAUAUCCUUCAAUCUUCUAUGUUGGUGGUGGUAACAGAACGCCCCCUUUUGUUACACUCGCUGAAAAAGCUAAAAAAGUUGCUAGAGAAGAAGCUGAAGCUAAGGAUUUGAUGGAACCCAUUUUGGUUAAAAACUUGAGGAAGCUGUUAAUGCUGUCAGUUGAUUGCCGGGUCCCUCUGGAAAACAUUGAAUUCAUUGAUUCCGAAUUGGGUUUGCCGAAUGAUUUCAAGAAAUCAUUGCUUCCAAAGUACCCUGAAAUUUUUUCGGUCAAGGAACUCAAUGGCAAACUUUAUCUUCAUUUGGAGAAUUGGGAUUCUUCAAUAGCAGUCACAGCUCGUGAGGAACAAUUAGGUGGUGAAGGGAUUUCAGCUCCUUCUGGAUUGGGAAACAAGGUUAGAAUAUCAAAAGAUGGUAACUUUCUAGGUCCCCAUGCAUUUAGAAUGAGUUUUCCUGCUGGUUUUAGGCCAAACACUAGCUAUCUUGAGCAACUUGAAAGGUGGCAGAAAAUGGAUUUCCCUUCCCCUUAUUUGAAUGCCAGGAGAUUUGACAUUGCUGAUCCGAAAGCCAGGAAGCGGGUGGUAGCGGUGCUCCAUGAGCUUCUCAGCUUGACAAUGCAGAAGAGGAUGACAUCUGCUCAAUUGGAUGCUUUUCACUCAGAGUAUUUCUUGCCCUCUAAAUUGCUGCUCUGUCUGAUAAAGCAUCCUGGCAUAUUUUACAUAACUAAUAAAGGUGCAAGGAGCACUGUGUUUCUUAAAGAAGCUUAUGAUGGGCUGAAUUUGAUAAACAAAUGUCCCCUUUUGUUGUUUAACGAUAAAUUUGUAGCACUUAGCGGUAGGAGAGAGAUCAAUUCAUGUAAAACCAUGCAUUCUCCAUAG